AAAAACAAACAUGGCGGCUGUUUCCAGCCCAGAUUCAUUAAUUUUUAACGAAAUGUCAGAAAUAAAAAGCGAUACACAGGCCAAACCACAACAAAACAUUUACGAAAACAUUUCUUUAGAUGACUACGAUGCCUCAAAGUUAACUCCAGUUUUUUACGGCUGGUUUCCUCGGAAAAUGAGCGAAAUUUUAGUCACAGACAAUGACCACAUCUCAAGCGGAUCUCAAAUGAAGUUAAAUUGGGCAAACAUGGAGAAUGAAAAUAGUGAAAAAAGUGACAAUGUUUGUGAGUUUGAUGCAGCUAUUGCUCAUCCUGCAACGUUUGGAUAUAUAUUACUGGAUAAAAAACCAGUGGUAGAGGAGAACGUGGAAUGUGAAAUUCCGAUACCCGAUCCGUUGAAAUGCAGUCCACGCGAAUAUUGUGAGUUUUAUAUCUUCCCACUUCUCUUGCCUGCCCUGGAGAAAAUGUUGAUUGAAGCCAAGGCAAAUAAAGUGUUUGAGGUACAAGGAAUAAUAUAUUUCUGCUGUUCCAGUCCAGGUUCUUUCUCGUAGUAACCAGUUGCACUGCCAAGGGGGUGAUGGGGUGGCCUGCCCUCCUAUUUAUUUCUAAUUAAUUGAAUGCAUAAAUUAAAGUCAUGGACACUAUGCUAACUAUACGUGUUGUUUUUAGAAAAGACGGACAAAGUUCAAUGCCUGUGACUUUCUGACAAGUUAUUUAUACAGGUUGGCGACGAUUGAGAUUGUUUAAGUAUAAACUUAUACAAUGUGAUUUUAAUGUUAACCAUCUGUUUAUCCAUCUAGUCACAAUCCAAAUUUUAAUGACAGAGAAGGAAUUGAAUUGGAGGAAAUACCUUUUGUACAAGAAAUUUUGGCAAUCAAGUACGAAUCCCUUGCUAUAUUAAAAUGAACAUACUAGAAAAUGGUUCAGACUAUUCUAAAACCAACAUUUCCUUUGGCCUCAAAGCUACUAAUCCUGCUAAUUGCUUUUCAACAUCUACAUAAAGGUUUAAAGUGCCCCUCCCAGAAAGCUUGCCCCUCUUAGGUCAAGAACAUGGUGAAACUGUGCUCCUGUGUGCAUGUAUAAAUAUUGAUUAAACCAUUAUAAUAAAUGUACUUGCUUUCUUCACAGCCCUCGCCCACCAAUACCACUCUCGCUUCUUCUUUCUGAUGACGACGCAGCAACAAUCAUUCAAUCAUUUUAUAAAGGAUAUAAAGUAAGUAUAAAAUCUACUAUCCAAAUCUUACUUUGAGUGGCAAUUUAUAAACAUUUAUUAGGUCUAAAAAUGGUCUAAUAAAUGUUUAUACAUUUCCACUCAAUAAUUUCCAUCUACUGUACAAUAAUUCCCUUCAACUACUAUUCGAUGCCAAGAAAAUCUUGAUAUUUACCCAUAACCUACACAUGGCAGUACCCUAAUAUGUAUAUACAUGAACUUGUGGUCAGAGCUCGAUAACUGGCCUCUGUAGCUCAGUUGGUUACAGGGAUGCCAGAAGUUGCUGAGGGCAAGGGGUGCAAUUGGUUAACAAGAGGGCAUACGCCUUAAUAAAAGGGCACCAAUGAAAAUGAAAGGGCGUCAUGAUCCUACAUUCGUGUCGACCUCCCUCCCCGUCACCAAAUUUUUUCGGACCGAAUACAAUUAUUUAGGCACAAUUCCUCCGUAAUUUCUCGCCAAAAAUUCCAUAAGUAAUGCUUUCCGUUUCACCUUUCGCCAAAUGGAUAACAAUUUUGCCGAAUUCCUGAUGACUGCAUGGGGGGUGAAACACCCCCACACACAUCCUCGAAAGACGUUUAAUUCUGUCUGUUGCAAAAGUUUUGUGCACCCGUUACACCCAUAGUCUGCACCCGCACUGCACCCACAAAGUUGAAAAUGCAAAAGGCAAGGGGUGCACUUGCACCCGUGGUUCCGGCAUCCCUGGUUGGUUAGGUGCUGCACCGGAAUCGCAGGGCCGCAGGUUCAAUUCCUACCGGGACCUAAGGUCGAAUAAAUGUAUAUAAAUUUCCACUCAAUAAUUUCCAUCUCCAACACCCUUCAACUAUUAUACAUGAUUACAAUAUUAGGUUCGAAAAGAGCCAGAAGUGCAAGAACUAAGACAAUAUCAGAGAGAUAUGAGAGAGGUACGCCAUUAAAUAUUCAAUUAGUUCAGACGGUUUGUACAAAUUAUACGUCUUUUCUAAUCAAAGAAAAAAUUGAUGAAUGGUUAUAACUGACUAUAAUGAUUACAUAAAUUAUUUUCUCCUUAGGAAGAAUGUGAAAUCAAUUUCAAAGUUGAAGAUUUCUGGCGUAAACACUCAAUGCACGAGGACAAUUGAUAAAAUAGUUAUUUGUGUUCAUAUUUAUUAUUUUAAUGUAUAGACUGUAGUAUGUUUGAGAAAUACAAAUUAUAUUUAAAUAAUCCAUGUAUUCUUGUAGUUCCUUGUACGUUUUGAUUCAAAACUUUUUUACAUACAACCAGUAACAAUUAUUCAUCUCAGCUGUUCAGAGAUUUUAGCAAGAAUGACAUUGUUAUGUCCCUUUCAACAACUUGCCAUCUGUUGCAUAUUGUGGACAGUUUAGUUGACUUUUUGUUGAUAACUACUAAAGCAAUGCACCAAUGCAAUGUAAUAAAACAUUUAUGUAUGCUUCGUACUAUAAUUGUCAUUUUUGUUGAAGUCUGAUAUCUUCUGCCUUAAUGGACAGUAUUUACAACACACAGGCUUCAACAAUUUUCUAGUAGUCUGUACCUUUCACAACCAAUCCAGUAUGCACCAGACAAACUGUUUACUAUACUUUCAGUAGAUCUGCUUUUGACUUGGUACACUAUAAAAACAAGAAAUUGAAGUGAUUGAGAAAUGAAACAUAGCCAGUCAAGUAACAGCAAUCUCAACCAAUCAAGACAUGGUACCUUGUUUGCAUAAUGGCCUUUUUCACCACACU